UCGCUCUCUCCAAAAUAUGGUGAAGAUAUCAUUCUUCACAUCUCUCACCACUCGCUUCAGCUUCUUCCUCCUCUUCGCUUUCGGGAAAAUGAGGGAUUUCUUUAACAUAAUCCAAGAUUUUCGCAAGUCUAAGAAGCUAGUGGGAUAUGCGCCAAUAUGUUCAGGGAUGGAGGAUUUCUACACUCGAAGGGUUUAUCAUCGUGCUCAGGAUUGUGCUAACAGACCAAUUUCAAGCGCACCAGAUUCUUGGAUAGAUGUGGUUGAACGUUAUAGCAAUGACAAUAACAAGACACUGCACCGGACCUCAAAUUCUACUAGAUGCAUCAACCUGGGAUCAUACAACUACCUUGGUUUUGCUUCAACAGAUGAAUAUUGCACACCCCAUGUCAUUGAAUCCUUGAAGAAAUACUCUGUCAGCACCUGCAGUGUUCGUGUAGAUGGUGGAACUACAAAAAUACACUCAGAGUUGGAGGAGUUGGUUGCUCGAUUUGUAGGAAAGCCAGCUGCCAUUAUAUUUGGUACAGGUUAUGUUACAAACUCUGCCGUCAUCCCUGUGCUCAUUGAAAAGGGAGGAUUGAUAAUUAGUGAUUCUUUGAACCAUAAUUCAAUUGUCAAUGGCGCACGAGAAUCAGGGGCAACAGUACAUGUCUUCCAAAGCAACAAUCCGGCUCACUUGGAGGUGGUACUAAGAGAGCAGGUUGCUGCUGGACAACCUCAAACACAUAAACCCUGGAAGAAAAUACUAGUUAUUGUUGAGGGAAUCUACAGUAUGGAAGGGGAGUUCUGCAGACUUCCAGAGAUCAUAGCUAUUUGCAAGAAAUAUAAGGCAUAUACUUACAUUGAUGAGGCACAUAGCAUGGGUGCAGUUGGAAAAACAGGCAGAGGUGUUUGUGAGCUCCUCGGAGUAGACCCUGCUGAUAUAGAUAUAAUGAUGGGAACAUUUUCAAAAUCAUUUGGAUCUUGUGGAGGCUACAUCGCAGCAUCAAAGGAAAUAGUUCGGUACCUGAAGCACGCUUGCCCUGCACAUCUUUAUGCAACUUCCAUGUCACCACCUGCGGUAGAACAAGCAAUAUGUGCACUUAAGGUUAUUCUUGGUGAAGAUGGGUCCAAUAGAGGGGCUAUGAAGCUUGCAAAAAUUCGUGAGAACAGCAAUUUCUUCAGAUCAGAACUUAAAAGGAUGGGUUUUGAGGUUCUUGGGGACAAUGAUUCUCCAGUGAUGCCCAUAAUGCUUUACAAUCCGGCAAAAGUACCAUAUUUUUCCCGAGAAUGUCUUAGACAUAAGGUUGCGGUCGUGAUUGUUGCUUUCCCUGCGGUAGCACUUCUCUUGAACAGGGCUCGUUUCUGCAUUUCUGCUUCACACUCCAGAGAAGACCUUGUUAAAGCCUUAGAGGUUAUCAGCAAAGUUGGUGAUCUGACUGGCAUCAAGUACCUACCUGCUGCACCUCACAAGACUCGUGCUAAAGAGAACGGGAAGAAGCUUGGUUAGAAAAUAUCAAGUUCAGGAUAAUGCAUGCAAAUUUGAAGCAAACCAAAGCACUCAUGCACUAGAAGUACAAGUUAGUUUAGUUUCUGGCAGUCAGUAGAUUUAUAAUACCUUGUGUAACUUCAUUCUUUGUUUGUUACUAUGAUGAUAAGUGCGUGAGGAUUCUACUUCGCACUAAAUCUAGCUGUUCUAUUCUAUA